AUGGUGUGGUGGGUGAAAAUGAUGAUGGCAGUGUUUUGCGGAAUGGCACCAUCAGCGGCAGCAACAACAGCAGCCGCAGCAGUGGCGGUGGCGGCAGCAGCAGCAGCAGCAGCAGCAGCGACAGCAGCGGCGACGGCAACACCACCAGCAGCACCAUCAGCACCACCAGCAGCAUCAGCAGCAGGCGAAGAGGCAGCAGAGGGCUGGACCUCACUGAAAAUAGAAGAACGCUUCUACAGUCUCAGCAGCAGGAAAGCACAGCGGUUGGCAGAAGCUGCCUACGCCAACACUACUCUUUUACAGGUUGCAGUAAAAACAGUGGGUGUGGCUACAGCAGCAGGAGUGAGGUGA